GGCGGGCGGGCGGGCGGGAGCCGCCGCGCUCGCACCAGCUGUUUCCCGCCUUGAGCCGCAGGCAGAGGCCGCCGGAGCCGGAGCCGGGCCCGGCCGCCCCCCGCGCCGCCCCGGCAUGGAGUACUUCAUGGUGCCGGCCCAGAAGGUGCCCUCCCUGCAGCACUUCAGGAAAUCCGAGAAGGAGGUCAUCGGCGGGCUCUGCAGCUUAGCUAACAUCCCGUUGACUCCAGAGACCCAGCGGGACCAGGAGCGGCGGAUACGCAGAGAAAUCGCCAACAGCAACGAGAGACGGCGGAUGCAGAGCAUCAAUGCUGGCUUCCAGUCUCUGAAAACCCUCAUCCCACACACGGACGGGGAGAAGCUCAGCAAGGCGGCCAUCCUCCAGCAGACAGCUGAGUACAUCUUCUCCCUGGAGCAGGAGAAGACUCGGCUACUGCAGCAGAACACCCAGCUCAAGCGGUUCAUCCAGGAGUUCAGCGGCUCCUCCCCAAAACGGCGACGGGCGGAGGACAAAGAUGAGGGGAUCGGUUCGCCGGACAUCUGGGAGGAUGAGAAGGCCGAGGAUCUGCGGCGGGAGAUGAUCGAGCUCCGGCAGCAGCUGGACAAGGAACGCUCGGUCCGCAUGAUGCUGGAGGAGCAGGUUCGCUCCCUGGAGGCCCACAUGUACCCCGAGAAGCUGAAGGUUAUCGCUCAGCAAGUGCAGCUCCAGCAGCAGCAGGAGCAGGUGAGGUUGCUGCACCAGGAGAAGCUAGAGCGCGAGCAGCAGAUCCGAACCCAGCUCCUGCCAUCACAUGCUCCCCCAGCGCCCACCCACCACCCCACCGUGAUCGUUCCAGCGCCGCCUCCCUCCCAUCACGUCACCGUGGUCACCAUGGGCCCGUCCUCAGUUAUCAACACAGUCUCUACAUCUCGGCAAAACCUGGACACCAUUGUUCAGGCGAUCCAGCACAUCGAGGGGACGCAGGAGAAGCAGCUGCAGGAAGAGGAGCAGAGACGUGCCGUCAUCGUGACGCCGGCGCGUGCCUGCCCCGAGCCCUCCGCCUCCGACACCGCCUCCGACACCGAGGGCGACGACAGUGACUCCAUGGACCAGAGCAAAGAAGAGCCCUCGGGGGACGGGGAGCUGCCCUGACACCCCCUGACCGGCAGCUGGGGAGGGGAGCCAGGGCGGGGGGGGAAACGUCAGAGAAUAUGCUGAAAUUUUUAAAAAAUACAAUGCGAUUUGGGUCUCUUUUAUGACCUUUUUCCAAUACUGUAAAGCAGAGCGCUAGAAGCAGGCAAAGGUCACCCUUCAGCUCCCGGGGGGGGCAGCACAGGGGGGGUGGGCGCUCCAGGGGGCCACAGUGGGAUGUGGGGGGCUCAGGGGGCAGCAGAGGGGUGUGCUAUGGAUGGGGGGGUCACAGCCACUUACCCAUUUUAUCUCAUCCCCCCCCUUGCUGACCCACAGGGAAUCCUGCCAAGCCAGUGGGAGCCCUGGUGUCCCCUUGGGAUGGGGCCUUCAGCUGGGAUCUUAAUUUGGUUUUUUCCUCCUCUUUUGUGUUUGUUGUUGUUUUGGUUUGUGUUUUUUUUUUUUUUUAAUUAAAUGUUCAUUUUUAAGUAGGGGGGAGGUGCCAAGUGACACGGCAGCAAAGGCAAGACAGGCACCCCCAGCUUCAGGGUACAACCAGCCCCACCAUGGCUCCCAUACCCCAUCUGGGGCAGGGAAAACCCCUUUGGACAGUAAAAAAUCCCGGGAUUAUGCCCAGCAGAGCGUGGGCAGGAGAGCCAGCACGUGCCACCCCCCGACGUUUCCAACACCUGCCUCCUCGGCGUGGGGAUGGCGAUUUGGGGGCUGAUUUUACACCCCCAUCCCUGUCCCCAUCCCCGUUCCCCCGUCCUGCUCCCAUCCCUCCUUUAAGCACUUAAUCCGGUAUGCGGGGUCCGUCAGCUCCAAAGAGCUUUCCUAUUUCAUGAUUGUGUCGCUUGGGUCUGUCGUGGCGGGCAGGGGGUCCCCAUUUUGUGAAUCCUCCCUCCUUCCCCCCUGCUGCCCCCACCCUGCUGUAGGGUUUUAGGCCAGUUGUGUGUAGAGCCUCAGUGGUAUUUGGUAGGUUCCCCCCCCAGCCACAGCUGUUUCUCGGUUCCUUUCCCUUUUUUUUUUUUUGUAUUUUUUUUACAAUUUUCAGGUCUUUGUGUUGAUUGAGAAGCUAUUCUAUUUUGUUAAGAAAGUGGAAAAAAAAAAAAGAGGCUCGUGCCUUUGUAAAGAAACAAAAUAAAGUUUGUACUUGGUUUUUUAGAA